AUGAAGAUAAAGUCACCACCCAUGAGACAAGCCUCCCCCCUAGAGGUUCAACAAAUACCAAACUUUGUCUUCAACAAAUCGUCGCAAACAUUUACAACACGCGAGCUGAAAGUACUCAAUAACGGACUCAAUUUCGCGAUCGAUACUAAGCCCCAAAUUGAAGACGUGGUCAUCGACGUAGAAGGAGCCAUUCGGCAUCUAGACUCCGAAUCAAAGGAAAUCGUUCGUAAAGAAGUGGGGGACAUUCUAAAUAAGAGAACAAGAAGUGGAAAAACAUAUCGAUAUGACCCGAUAGUUAAGAAAUUAAGAGAAAAGGAUGUUUUCUACACGAAAGCCGACAAAGGAAACGCGGUUGUAAUAAUAGAUAAGAACGAAUGCAACAGUGCCCUAGAAGAAAAACUGAAAAAUGGAAAUUUCUUUAAGUUGAGAAACAAUCCCCUCCCUGAAUCCAUAAAAAGGGUAGAAAAGGCACUCAACGAAAGUAGGAAAAUACUAGGAAACAUUACAGACUUGAGGAUGCCAAAUCCGUCUUUACCGAGAAUGAGGAUCCAGCCAAAAAUCCAAAAGCAAGGUAAUGAGACACGAGAGAUCAUAGCGGACACUAACUCUCCAACCUAUAAAAUCGCAAAGUGGCUUAUGAAAGAAAUAAGCACCAACGGAAAUUAUCACAGCAAGUAUUCAGUGAAAAAUAGCAUAGAGCUAGUGGAGAAACCUGUUGGACACAAAAACCUAGAGAAAAGCGAUUGUCUGGUAUCAUUCGAUAUAAAAGCCUUAUAUCCGAGCAUACCAACCAAAGAAGCCAUUUGGAAACUCGAGGAUUGGCUAACGGAACAAUGCAUGGAAAUGAACGGGAGGAAAAAGGCAAAAGUCUACACAAAAUUAACAGCUCUCUGCAUGAAUGAGAAAUACUUUGUCUGCAGAGACCAAUUCUACAAAACCACCUCAGGAACUGCAAUGGGGAACCCGUUAUCCCCCUUGAUAAGCGAAAUCUUCAUGAAAAGCAUGAAAAAAGAAAUCGAAAAACGGGGCAUCAUUCCAAAAUUUUGGGCACGUUAUAUAGACGACAUAUUGGUUAUAAUCCCAAAUGAAGACAUCGAGAAAACACUGGAAGCAAUAAAUAACAUAUACCGAAACAUAACUUUCACAAUGGAAAAGGAAGAUUACCAAUGGAUAGCGUUUUGGACCUAG